AUGGAGGAGAGAAUAGAUUUUGACAUCAACGAAUCGCUGAAGUACUAUCUCAGCGAUCCCGCCUCUGUCCCCACGCCCGAAGCCGACCCCGAACUCUUAGAUUGCGAGUCGGAUCCUGAAUCGCUAACACUGCUUUUAAUCGAUGGAGUUCUGGAUACAAUAGUCGAUGCGGUGGCAGAGAACCCUGAUGGGCUCUCUCGACGUGGAUAUUUUGAUUCGCUGCAGUUUCUCCUCAAGUCUGCACCUACUUUUCGUAACGUCCAACAAUACCAUCGACUAGGGCAUGAUUCUGAAACCUUUGAUCAAUUUAGAUUUCCUGUUGUGCUUCCCACAAAAGCUUUGAGCAAAAUUUUAGACCUUGUUGUCUCGGGGCUCGCUGCUGAGGCGGACGUUGUCCACAAUGAUCUCGAAUCCGAUGAAACCGAAAUUAUACCGCACCACAAGAAGUUGCUAGAAAUAUACGCCUUCUUAUUGCAAUGGGCUCUUUCUGCAGUAGAAGCUAAGAUGGCAGAAAAACCGGCGGUUCCUGUGCCGAUCAGAAGAGGGGCAGGAAAGUCUUCUAAAUCAAAAACAGCGACCAAAGAGACAACCUGGGACUCUGCAGCGCAGCUGCAGAUUGCCAUGGAGACUAUGUGCAAGGUAUUAAAAUUAAAACUGAAUAAGAUAUUCGUGACAACGUCAGAUCGCGACACAUUUGUCAACUUAUUCACGCGUUCCAUUUACCUUAUUCUUGAGAACGAGCAACGAGUGAGAACCAUGGCUAUCCGCAUGCAUGCAUUUAAAGUCCUAUGUAUUGCUGUGAAACAUCAUGGUCAUGCAUUCGGCGCGCAGACCUCGAUCGUCCAGAGCCUUACAUACUUUGAGCAUCUUUCGGAACCUAUGGCAGAAUUCUUGCAUAUUCUGGCGGAACAAUAUGACUAUCCACAGUUGUCAGACGAGAUUCUUAGAGAACUAGCUAAUAAAGAAUUUAACCCAAAUGACACCAAGGGACCCAAAUCCGUUUCUGUAUUCAUUACGAAACUGUCGGAGCUUGCUCCACGAUUAGUGAUCAAGCAAAUGACAUUAUUAGCCAAACAACUUGAUAGUGAGGUUUAUGCUUUACGGUGUGCCGUUAUCGAAGUUUGUGGCAAUCUCAUUAUUGAUCUAAGCAAACAAGAUGAAAGAAGUGAGAAUGCAAAAACUCAAAUAAACUCAUUUUUCGACGUUUUGGAGGAACGGUUCCUCGAUAUAAACCCGUUCUGUCGAUGUCGUGCCAUUCAAGUUUACAUGAGGCUCUGUGAUCUGGACCAGAAAUUUCCAAAACGACGCCAAACCGCCGCGGAGCUGGCUUCAAGAAGUCUUGAGGAUCGCAGCAGCCAUGUUCGCAGGAAUGCGAUAAAACUACUUGCUAAAUUAGUUUCUACUCAUCCAUUCAGUGUAAUGCACGGUGGACAGCUGUCAUACAAAGACUGGGAAGGGCGACUGGAAGCUGUCGAGACAGAAUUGAACGCUUUGAAACCUCCUCCUGAGACACCAGGUUUGGCAGAAAUGGGCCUGGAAAACAUGAAUAUAGACAGUGAGCUGCUGGACGAUGCGACUGAAUUGCUGGACGAGUCUCCAUCUAAGGCGCCAAGAAUGACUGAUGAACAGAAAGCCGCAGCCAUAAAGAAAGCGGAAGAGGAGGCAGCGACAUCAGAAAUGCUUGCACGGCUGCAACUGACAAGAAAGUACUAUCUUGAAGCAAUUCGUUUUAUUGAGGUUUUACAUUCGGCGUCCCACGUCGUUUCACAACUACUCUCAUCCCGAAAUAAGAGCGAAGUGAUCGAAGCAAUGGACUUCUUUGUCAUUCUUGAUGCAUAUAAAGUCGAAACUGCACGACCUGGCAUCCGAAGGAUGCUUCGACUAAUUUGGACAAAGGGGAAUAGUGACGAGGGGAAAGGUGUUCAAAACCAUUUGGUUGACUGCUAUAAAGGUCUCUUUUUCGACGCACCAACCUCAUUUAGCCCUAACGAUGCCGCCAACUAUAUCGCUCGCAAUAUGAUCAGUUUAACUUUUGGUGCUACCCCGGCGGAACUCACUUCGCUAGAGCAACUACUAAGCAUGAUGAUGAAAGCCGGGCAUAUUCCAGAAUUGGUGAUUGCGAAGCUUUGGCAAGUAUAUGGCGUCCAAAAAAGAGAUAUCUCCCGGACUCAGAGAAGGGGCUCCAUAAUCGUUCUUGGAAUGCUCGCACUAGCGGAUCAUGACGUGGUUGUGAAAGAAAUAGAAACAAUGUUACGGAUUGGUCUUGGGUGUCUAGGUCGAGCUGAUCUUCUUUUGGCUAAAUACACUUGCAUUGCGCUAAGAAGGAUGAAGCCGGGCCGUCAAGCAAAGGCAACCGACGUUAUAUCUCCAAGACUAUCCAAUGAUCAUGCUGUCCUUACCAAGCUAGCCGCCAUGACAGAAAUUAUUUCGGACAGCAAGGAGUGGUUUGGCGUUGCUGAGCAGGCAAUUAAUGCAAUUUAUGCACUUGCCAAACACCCAGACUGCCUCUGCUCCGACAUUGUGCGACGAAAAACUAAAUCAGUGUUCCAGCCGCAUAUACUCUCUCGAAGUUCUCCAUUCAACAAAAGCAAUGAAUCCAGGCUCCAUACCCCUGAGCGCCAAGGACCAUCACAGAAUGUCACUCAGAAGACCAGUCCAGUUGGAUUGUCCCAGCUGCUUUUUAUAGUUGGUCAUAUUUCUAUCAAACAGAUCGUUCAUCUCGAAUUUUGUGAACAGGAAUUUAAACGCCGAAAGGCGGAGCAGGAGAAGAAUAGAGCUGUUGAUCCUGCCUCACAGAAUCAAAACAAUGCCCCGGGAGAUGAUGAGCUUGAUCUUAUCGGUGGUACAACCGAGGAUGAUUUCACAGAGGCAAUGGCACAUAUUCGAGAACGUGAACUUCUUUUCGGAGAGAGAUCUUUGCUCACUAACUUUGGCCCUUUGGUGGCUGAAAUAUGUGCAAAUAACAAUACUUACUCUGACCGCAACCUUCAAGCAGCAGCGACUCUCUGUAUGGCCAAGCUGAUGUGUGUCUCUGGUGAAUACUGUGAGAGGAAUCUGCCACUCCUGAUCACAAUAAUGGAACGAUCGGAAGACCCCAUAGUUCGAAGUAACGCGGUAAUAGCACUAGGUGAUAUGGCCGUCUGUUUUAACCACCUUAUUGAUGAGAACACGGACUUCCUCUACCGCCGACUUAAUGAUAACGAUAUAUCUGUUAAACGUACCUGCCUGAUGACUCUUACUUUCUUGAUUCUCGCUGGCCAGGUUAAAGUCAAAGGUCAGCUCGGCGAAAUGGCUAAAUGCCUUGAGGACGAAGAUAAGAAGAUUGCCGAUCUCGCUCGAAUGUUCUUCACCGAGCUCGCGUCAAAGGAUAAUGCUGUGUAUAACCACUUCGUCGAUAUGUUCAGUCUCCUGAGCGCGGAAAAGAACCUCGAUGAGGAUUCUCUACGGAGGAUCAUUAAGUUCUUAGCUGGAUUUGUUGAGAAAGACAAACAUGCCAAACAGCUAGCCGAAAAACUUGCUGCAAGGCUUGCUCGUUGUGAUACCGAGAAACAGUGGAACGAUGUUGCUUAUGCACUCGGCUUGCUACCUCAUAAAAAUGAAGAGAUAUCUAGGAUUGUCAGCGCUGGUUUUAAGGUUGUCAAGUCAACAGCGUAA